AACAAUUAGGAAUAGAAGUGUUUUUUAUCAUUGGUUAGGCUUUACCUAAAUAGUAAUGAUAGAAUUAAUGAAUAUGAUUAUAUCUAUAAAUAAUAAGGAACUUGAUAAAGUAACAAUGGAAGUAAAUACACAUCCAACACAUAUGGUUACAUAUUUAACAGAAUUUCAACAACGGGCAAACACUGCAUUAACAUACUUAAUUGAAGAUUCUGUGGAAUUAAUUGAAGAUAUGGAGGAGGAGGAGGAUGAUGAUGAUGAUGAUAAUAAUAGAGUGGAAGAUACACAUGUAACUCCCAGUAAAAGGAAAAAGUAAAUAUAAUUGUCAUGUAUGUAUAGGAGACCUCAUUACGACCACAACUGCAUACACUGGUAUACAGAGUAAAGAGAAUGAAGCUAUAGUCCAUCCAAG